AUUCUGGGAUCGCUCAGGCUGCCCAGAGCCCGGAUUACUUUUGGUUAUCUAAAUACGAUUUUAAAUUUGGUUAUUCUUGGAUGUCCGAAAGACAAGGCAGUUCGUGUAUACGCGAUUCGAGUUUCUGGUAUGCUAGGUUUCACAGCGAACUUCCCUAACAGCCUUGCUAAGAAACUUCCGGAAUUUAACAAAAAAAAAAAAACACUGAGAGGAGAGAGAGGCGAUGGUCAGUUAGUAAAAUUCAAGAAGUGAGAUUAAGAUCAGACAGAUUAUCCCUAAAACUAGGUGCCCAGUUUUGAUAUUUUAAACGGUAUAUGUUUUUGAAGAUACGGUCGUUUGCUAUAUACUUUUUCCUACUAAGAUUUGCAGACAGCUCUUUUAAGCUUCCUAUUCUGCGAGUCCAUACAUUUUUGUAGCCAGAUAAAAUUCUAGACGCUAACUUUGCUUCAAAGUCUUUGUAAUAUUCAUCAAGGAAAAACGUUGUAAAAGGAAGCAUGAAUCUGGCAGUGGGAAGAAAAUCCACAAUUCCUGAAUGAUCUCACUGUGGGAGUCCUCUUCUGCUCGCUCUCGUUUCAUCAAGAAAGCAUAGUGAUUACAGUUUUGACGCGGUGGCGCGCGCGUCAGCUCCUACAGCUUCUUGGAGCGCGCGCGCGCGCGACCUGCCGGGCCAUCGUGGAGGACGCCCCGCCUUUCAGUCUUCCCUGGUAUUCUGGUGUCUGAGCGGCCAGACGGCGUGCCGCACACACGCGUAGAAUUUCUGCGAACGGUCUUGGUGAACCCCACUUUCCUCGGUCAUGAACAGUUCGGUAACCAAGAAGACUCAAGACUCCCUUGGGAAAGUCAUUAAAAAACCACCUCUUACAGAAAAGCUGCUCAGCAAGCCUCCUUUCCGAUACCUACACGAUAUUUUUACCGAGGUAAUCAGAACAACUGGGUUUAUGAAAGGGCUUUAUUUGGAAUCUGAGUUGAAAUCUGAAAAUGUAAAGGAUAAGGAUGCAAAGAUCAUUUUCCUUCAGAAGGCUAUAGAUGUUGUUAUUAUGGUAACAGGAGAAGCUUUAUCUGUAAAGCCAGCCCGUAUUGUUGCAGGACAUGAGCCAGAGAAAACUAAUGAACUUCUGCAGGCCAUAGGAAAGUGCUGCCUUAAUAAGCUCUCAAGUGAUGAUGCUGUUAAAAGAGUUCUCGCUGGGGAUAAACCAGACCUUAAAGGGAAGCCUCCAUCUACUUCUAAAAUACAAGACAAAGAGAACCGAGAGAGCAAAGAAGAAGAAAAAAGAAAACACAAAGACAGAGAGGAGAAGAAAGAUGAAGAAAUUAAGGAGAGAAGUACCAGCAGAGAUCGAAAAGAAGAGCAGAAGGAAACUGAGAGUAAGAAGACAGAGAAAGACAGACAUAGAGAUGGAGAAAAGUAUGACAAGGGAAGAGACCGUGAAAGAACCAGAGACAGAGAUCGAGAUAAAGAAAAGAGUCGUGACCGAGACAAGGAAAAAAGAGAUAAAGGGAAAGACCAGGAGCAGUCAAACGAGAAAGACAGAGAAAAAAGAAGAGAACGUAAUAAACCAAGGGAGUUACCAAAUGAUUUAGAUGUAAAGUCUAAAGAACUGACAGACACGGAGUCUUCAAAGCCUCCUGAGCCAUCUGCGAGAAGCAUUAAAACUGACACACAAAAUGAGACUGAAAGCCCUGCAAGAAUACCUCGACCAUCUUCAGCAAAAGGACAGAGAAGGCGGCACAAACCUGGUGGCGCAGAUGAAUCAGACAGUGAUGGAGAUACAGAGACAGUUGCACCCAGUGUGUUAUUGCCAAGUGAGAAUGGAGAUAUUUCUGAACCCAACUCUCAUUUAUCUCAAAGGCGAUUACCAAGACCAAGCAGUGCAAGGCUUGCUCCACCACGAGUCAAACGACAAGAGAGUGCAGAUGUGCCACCAGUGGAAAGAGUCAACAGUGGAAAAACUAGGUCUGCUGUCAUUGUUGAUGGAAUAAAAAACUCUGAUGAUGAGGAAGAUGAUGACCAAGAGUUUAUGGUAGAAGAAGCUGCACAACCACCUCCAGAUAUGCCAGAAAUGGAAUUGGAACCAGCAAUUGAGUUGAAGGAUGGUGAAAAACAUGGGGGACUUGUAAAGAAAAUUUUAGAAACCAAGAAAGAAUACGAGUCUUCACAGAAUUCUGCCAAGUCUAAAGAACGGGAAAAAACAAUUCUCUCAGAAACUGCAAGAAAGAGUGAGCGGGACCUAGUCACAAGAGAGAUUGAAAAGCUUCGCUCCUCUAUACAAACGGUUUGCCGAAGUACCCUUCCUUUAGGAAAGAUCAUGGACUAUAUUCAGGAAGACAUGGACUCUAUGCAGAAUGAGCUACAAAUGUGGCGACGUGAGAAUAAGGAACAUGCUGAAUCUUUACUUCGUGAACAGAGUAUAACUGACAGUGCUGUGGAGCCAUUAAAGGCCGAACUAGAAGAACUGGAACAAUUAAUCAGGGAUCAGCAAGACAAGAUAUGCGCUGUAAAGGCAAAUAUUCUUAAAAAUGAAGAAAAGAUUCAGAAAAUGGUCUUGAGUAUUAACAUCUCAUCCAAAACAUGAAAUUAUAUUUUAAAAAGACUGGAUUUAACAAAUACCACGUUUUGAAAAGAACUAUUUUACUAUAUUUUUGUAAUCAUGAAAGCAAAUUCAUUCAUUUUGUGGAUGAACCUGUUCAUUGAUUCCCUGUUAAAUGGAGGGUGCCUGCUGCAAAAAAAACAAAAAACAAACCUGCAUUCUUGUAAUAUUUCCUUUCUUUCACAUGAAGCCAAUGAUUUUCAUGAGAACUGCUAGUUUUAUAGUAAUGUAUUUUCAAGUAACAAAUGCUGUAAAAUGUGUUCAGAAUAUUGCAGUAUGUAAUGUUUAAAAACUGCCCCUUGCCUUACAUUCUUCGAAAGAAUACUAUAAUACUGCUUCUUCAAUCCCAUGUAAGUUUUCCUUCAAAGUAAUUGCAUAUUAUACCUCAGCUUCCUAGAUUUGUAAGGCUUUGGUGAAUAUUUUUUACUAAAUACAAAUGUAUUUAAUGAAUGAUAUUUUUGUAUCCACUUUCUGGACUGAUUAAUGAACAGUAAAUGUCAAGCUGCAAGUGUUGACUAAAUAUAAAUUUUCAUUGUGAUUAUUCAUUUUAUGUAAAUAAUAUUGGGAAAUGUUACCUGAUUGGUAAUUUACUGUAUACAUAUACUUUAAAUCUAUUGAAGAUUGCAGUACUAGGUAUUCCUCUGAAAGGUGCACAGGAUCACUAAAAACUACCUUUCCUAAUGUAUGUCCUAAUCCUUUUCAAACAUCUGUUGAGAACUUUUGUUUCAGUGUGCUGUUAUUCACAAUAUGUCUUGUCUGCUGGCUGAUCUCUGAAACACUGCAGCAUGUUCCUGCAAUCAUGUUUUUACAUGCACUGUUUAAGUUAAGGAGAAGAAGGCAGCUACAGCAAUUUUUCUAUCUACAUGGUCCUUUAAAAAAAAAAAAUACUGAACAUCUUAAUGGAGCUGUCUAUUCCACUUUUAUAAUUGUCAAUUAUCACAGUUUCAGGUUAAAUUGCAUAAUAUUGUGACUGGUUAAGACAAGCUAUUAACUUCUUUCAUUUUGUACCUUUUGAACUUGCAGUAAAGUUGUGCAAGUAUUUAUCAGUGCUUAACAGCAGAAAUGUAUCCAUUGUGUACAUUGAAUAGUGAACAUGUAGACAAUGUUUUACAUAUCAAUAUAUAAAGAAAAGUUGAGUAGUAUUUUAAAUUGUGUGUAACUUAAAGAACAUUGAAAUUUCUACACUGUGCUCAUCGGUAAGCUUCUGAUAUUCUAAACAGAACACAGAAUGUAUGGUAUCAAGGGUUCAAUAUGUCAGUAUUGAUAAAUAAUUUUUACAGUCUGUUACUUUUCACAUGGCUUCUCCCUGAUGUGUAUGUAGAGGUAGUUCUAAUUAUGAUUAGUUUUCAAUUAUUUUUGUUUCACAAUUAAAAAAAAAAAAAACUAAAUAAACACCGGCAAGACAAUAUGUUGGCACCUUCCUUUGGGAUUUAUGUAAAUCAACAAUUGCUGGACUGGUCAGUAACUAUCUCUAAUCUGAAUGUAUAUUAUAUUACUGCUUGUAUAUUAUGUAUAUUUGUAUUCUGUAACAUAGUUCCCAAAUUAUUAUAAUUUUGUAGUGGAGUGUUAAUAAAAUAAUCCCUGCUAUAAUGCA